AUGCUGCUACCAGUCUGUAACCAGCAGGAAGAGGAACAGAGAGAAGAAACUACAGAUCAAAGAGGAGACGGAGAGAUUCAGGGAGGAGUUGAGCUAUCAGAUAAACUUCAAGAUAAACUUUAUUGUUCCUUCCUGGGGAAAUUUUCAUUAAUAACAACAGAAUUAUCUCUUCCUUUAGGUGUCAACUGUCAACAACUGACUGCAGUGAAGGAUGAAGAGUCCAGUUUAGAAGGAAGAACUGUGACUCUGUCCUGCAAAUACACCAAAGGAGAUGCUGAUUAUUUCUUCUGGUAUAGACAACAUCCAGGAAAAGCACCAGAGUUCCUGAUCUCUCAUUUGGUGUCAGGAGAAAUAGCAUUAAAUCCAGUCCCUGGACUGUCUGUUAUAGUGAGAAAACAAGAAACAAAAAUGGAUCUGAAGAUCUCCUCUGCUGCAGUGUCAGACUCUGCUGUGUACUACUGUGCUGUGAAGCCCACAGUGACAGGAAACAAGUGUAAAGGAGAAGAAAAAGUGAUGCAGACAUCAGAAGAUGUCAUUGCUGCUGAGGGAGACACAGUUACACUGGAUUGUACUUUUGAGUCCAGUUACUCAACAACACAACUUAAUUUCUACUGGUACAAACAAGAAGUAAAUGACUUUCCACAAUACAUUUUAAUACGUGGUGCUUAUGGAAGCAAUGCUCCAGAGUUCCAGAAAGAGAGAUUUGAUGCUCAAGUCGACAACAAAAAAGUUCCUCUGAAGAUCUCCUCUGCUGCAGUGACAGACUCUGCUGUGUACUACUGUGCUGUGAGGCCCACAGUGACAGCAAACAGCAAAACUCUGUACAAAAACCUUUGGAGCAAAGACAACAGAAAACUCCACAACAUCCACUAG